GUUUGAAUUUCAUACUAAAAAAAUGGGACAACUCAAUUUUGAAAUUGGUUAAAACCAAUCUUCAAAAAGUUAUAUAGGUGAUGCAUGGAAGGUUUCACGGUGAUCAUGGGGAUUGCCUUUUGUCCUUCUUAUAUCGUUGAUAUUGUUCAUUGCGAUCCAAGAGCUCUGAAAGACAUUUUAUGUGGAUUCAACAAUCUGGAAUGCAAGCGGAUGAAUAGAUUGAUCAUAUUUUCUUCCCCUAUGAAUUUGUUGCCUCGGUUUGGAAAUGGAUCAUGGAGUGGCCGACUUUUUAUCUCACACCCUUCGUUAUGUUCGAGUCUCUUGGGGUUGAUGAAUUCAGGAGGUGGUAGUAAAAGUGUUGAAUUUCAGAUUAUUGAUUACUGGGAAAAGAAUAUAAAAAUGCGUACAAAACCAAUAAUGGCGACAGUUGAGUGGUUCGUUUUUGAGGUUGAUAUGGUGGAGAAUAAUGCCGGUUACGCGUCACCGGAGACUCCAACCGGUGGCCGCAGUCUCCGUUUUCUUUAA